AUGGCCUGGCGAAUUGUUUACUUAUUAAACCUUCUUGCUCUUACAGCUACAGGACAACCAUCCCAAACUCGUUUCAACUAUGCCAGUUCUCCGUCCGAGGAAUGGGAUUUUAACGCAAAGCCCAGCAUCAACAACACCGGCCAUUUGAUAUUCGAUACUGUUAGUGCCUUGCUACAACAUUGGCCUAACUCUCGCUAUCGUAAUGGACACAACAUAGUUCCUGGCCUUGUUCCAGUUGGAACCCUCUUAUACCAUGGACGCGGCGACUCUAAUCUUCCUGCCGAGCCUCAGUGGACGUCUACAGACCCAGAGCAUGCGUAUCGAUUCUGCCGAGGAGGAUCAGAUGUUGGGUGCUGGCAACUCACUCUUGUUACGACACGGCCUUUGAAUGUUCUGUACUUCGAUGGAGCUAGCGCAGUGAAGAUUAGGGAUGGCCCGAUGGAUAGUCAAGACAUUGUUGCCUGGGGAAGGAUUGUACCGGAAUGGACUGGCAGUGAACGCAAGCGGCUUCAAGAUUUGUGUAUGUGGGGACAGCAGUUCUCCCUGGACGGAUUUGUUAGGUGUCGCCUUUCAAGCGAAAUCAUGCUCUGCGAUUUCACGGAAGGUGUACAAGUUGCCUCUUUCCUCAACCUUGUUUCCCAUGGCCGAGGUCCUGGUGGUCCACCACGUCGUCCGCCUGGGAGAAAUCCGUUUCCUCCUUCCAAUGUAUCCUCGAUGGGCUGGGAUACCGUCGUCCAAUCGAGCUCAUGGCACAAUCGUUACCCAGGAGACACACGCAUCCACCUUGAUCUCUCCCGUCUGAUAUCAUUCUACGAUACGUCUCUUGUACCAAGUCUGAUCCCCCAUCGUUUUAAUCAAGAACGCUGGGACUAUCGUAUUGCAGGCAUCAGUGAUAAGGACAUCAAAGCCGUUCUGUCGAGCUUGGAGUCUGAGCUGAGGAAACCACAGGGAGGGAGUUCUGGGAUUGAUUGGAUGACUCUGAUACAUGUUAUCGUUGAUCGGUACGCGGAGAGGCUGGAUAUGGUCAGGUAUCUACUCAAUUCGACCGAGCACGACACCCCAACAACGACGAAAUUGGUGUAUGCGCAGGUCGAGAUCAUGCUCCAGCCCUACAUCUUGCACUCGCUUAGUCCCAGUGCGGGCCAGGAUGACUACUCUUGGGCAGCACCGAUCUUUAGGCUGUGUACAACAACACACACGUCGUAUAUCGAGGUGCCACUGUUGUCUGCACGAUUAACGUACUCAGAACGGUUGAUUUUCCAGGCAUUGAGUGAAACUAACCGUGAGAUCUGUCGUGUGGUCACACGGAUGUGGGUUCAGGGUAUUUCGGCGGGACUGGAAAAGUACAGCUCCCCCGUUAGUCCGUUUGGUUCGCUACUAGAAUCAUGGAAGCAUGAUAUCAAUGUCUUGAUGGACUGGUUAGACUGGAAUGUGUGGGUAAUGUGUCGGCCUGCAUGCGCCUUUGAGGAACAUUGCUAUCUUCCGACAUGGCCUUUCUUUGGGCCACGUAAAGAUUGGGAGAGGCCGCAACCGAGGUGUAUUCGAAAGGUUGAGCCUCUUUGA